AUGCCUGCCAUCAACAACUCUGCAAAGGUCCUCGUCACAGUCGAUCCACUAGGUGGCUCUGGCUUUCUCAGCACCUGGAUCAUCAAAUAUCUGCUCGAACAGGGAUUCAGUGUCCGCACAACUGUGCGUAGCCCCGCAAAGGCCGAGUUCGUCAGGCAACGCCUCACCGAUUCGGCAUCCCGACUCGAAUUCUCCUAUAUCCCAGAUAUUGUCACGGAGAAUGCAUUCGACGAAUCUCUUAGUGCAGGAGAUAUCGACGCCGUCAUCCACUGCGCCUCUCCUAUUGUGGUCGCAGAUCCCAAGGCAGAUCCAGAUGUCAACAUCAAACCGGCAGUUCAAGGCACCAUCUCCAUCCUAAAGAGCGCUCAGAAGUCUCCAUCGGUCAAGCGUGUAGUUAUCACCUCGUCUGUGACUUCCGUCAAGGACCCACGAGAAGCUGGCCACGUCUAUACAGAGGAAGAUUGGAAUCACGGUGUAGUCCAGCACGUCAAACAACACGGAGUCGAUGCGUCGCCAUUUGCCAAAUAUGGUGCAAGCAAAAUGCUAGCCGAAUCAGCAGCAUGGGAUUGGCUAAAGGAGAACAAAGUCGACUACGAUGUCGUGUUCAUGCUCCCCGCAUUCUUAUUUGGGCCAGUCUUGAGCGAAACCACAAGCGAGAUUGGAGGCUCCAAUUACGUCCUCCUUGGCAACCUCAAGCAAGCUGCGCUGAGCAAUCUCACCCCUGAGAGUCUGGGGCAGGUCAUAGACUUUAUCGACGUUCGUGAAGCGGCGUUGGAGCACAUUAAAGCGCUCACGGUGCCGGAGGCGGGUGGACAACGGAUUCUCAGCGUUAGCAAUGUAUGGACCUUGGAGGAGAUCUUGAAUAAGCUUCAAGAGAAUCCAGUUGAAGGCAUCAAUAUCCCGACGACAUAUGAAAGGAUUGGCGUAAAGGCGCCGUUUAGUUACGCCAUGGAGAAGAAUGCGAGAAUUCUUGGGAUUCCCAAUAGGCCUGGCAUGGAGACAAUCACUGAUUUGCUCAAGUUUGCCGUCUCGAUUGGAUGGAAGCAAUGA